AUGUUGUAUGCCAUGCUUUUCCUGUUGUUACUUGCCGGAUGUCCAUCAAUCCUUAUGGCCAUCUGUACUGUAAAUCAUGUUACGGUAACUGGACAAUUGGGUUGUGGCGAUCGAGCAUUAAAGAAUGUGUUGGUUGAAUUACGUGAACAUGAUCGUUUUGAUCCGGAUGAUUCACUAAAUAAAACUGCAAGUAACAGCAAAGGUUACUUUUCAAUCUACGGUGAGGAAUGUGAAAUUGGUAGUAUCGAACCGUACCUAAGGAUUACUCAUAAUUGCGAGGAUGGUGUACUUUCUGAGAAUUGCGUUAUAACGGACGAUUUUCCAAUUGCAAGUAAUCACAUUGGUAAAACUUAUGAAAUGGGAAUUGUUAGUUUAAAUAUUGCUCGAAUGAAUCAUAAGAGAAAUUGUCAUUAG